AUGCGUCGCUGUUCAGUGAUAAUUGUUCAGAGACUCACUGAGAGAUCGUCUCGUGUUACUGUUUCCCAGCGGAAGAGAAGCCAGAGGCAUCAGUGUUCAGAUCUGUCUCAUGUCCAUUUCAUCGUCCACCAGGUGAAAACAUCAGAGUGGAUUUGUGAAGUAACUCCUCAACAAGAAACGCAGGACAAGUUUUGUGCCAUGCUUGCCAUCAGGAUCUUGUUCAGAUCGAAAACGCUUCUGGAUGACUUCCUGCUGACGUAUCUGGUGUUCAUGUCCACCAGUGAUCUCUGCCAGGCGCUGCUGGGACACUACUGUACAAAGCGCUGCCGGGGGAAGGAGGAGGGAAAGGAGGCCCUCUACAGAAAGAGGAAAGUACUGCACCUGGUGUGUCAGUGGAGCACGCUCUACAAGGACUUCCUGCGAGAAGAGGAGAACAUCAAGCUCUUCAUGAAGACACUGUAUCGAUACGUGCUGGAAGACGUUUAUGAGUUCCCCGCGCUGGAGAAGGACCUGAAGGAGUUUCAGAAACUUCUGCGACGGAGACAAUACGUGCAAGAAUUGAUGUGUCGUGUAUACGUGAGCUCUGAUUCGUAUCUGAGCGUGCGGGUGAAGCCGGCGGUGGUGGCUCAGGAGCUGCUGCACAUCGUCUCUCAGCGCAUGGACCGAUCCGAGGACGACAUGAUGCUGGUGGCACAGACGUACAGCGGAGAGAAGCGCGUCCUUCAGCCGCACGACAGUAUUUACUCCGAGUCUCUGGAGGCGCCUGGCCGACUGAUCGCCUGUCGAAGAGACCUCAGCGAGAUCCUGCCGCCCCUGACUGAGUGUCCUGAGCUGGGACAGAAGCCCGUCAGACUGCUGGGCAUCAACACAUGGGACGUAUCUGUGGCUCUGACAAACUUCGACUGGAAUCUCUUCAACUCCAUUCAUGAGCAAGAGCUGAUCUUCUACACGUUCAGUCGUCAGGCCAGCAGUGGCCACACUGUGGCGCUAGAGUUCCUGCUGCAGCGCUGUAAUGAGGUGCAGCAGUGGGUGAUGUCUGAGGUGCUGCUCUGUCCAUCGCUCAGCAAACGAGUGCAGCUGCUCAAGAAGUUCAUCAAGAUCGCCGCGCACUGUAAAGCGCAGAGGAACCUCAACUCCUCGUUUGCCAUCAUCAUGGGCUUAAACACAGCCGCCGUCAGCCGUCUCAACCAGACCUGGGAGAAAGUUCCUGGAAAGUUCAAGAAGCUUUUCUCUGAGCUGGAGCUGUUGACAGAUCCCUCCAUGAAUCACAAAGCCUACAGAGACGCUUUCAAGAAGACCAAGCCGCCCAAAAUCCCCUUCAUGCCUCUGCUGCUCAAAGAUAUCACGUUCAUCCACGAGGGGAACAAAACAUUUCAUGAUAAUCUGGUGAACUUUGAGAAGCUGCACAUGAUCGCUGAUACGGUGCGACUCAUUCGCCACUGCCAGACGGAUCAGACAGGAAACGAGCUUUCUCCGUGUGACAGUCCUGAGGUGCGCUCCAGCGUCCAUUACCUUCACAUCAUCGACAAUCAGCAGACGCUGUUCGAGCUCUCGCACAGACUGGAGCCCCGAGUCUGAGAGAAACAGAAGCAGGACAAACGGAUCGAUUCCGACUGAAACACGAUCAGUGACUCUCUCAGAGCUCGAUCACAGCCAAACCAGUCAGUCCACUCGAGCACACGGGCUGAGAACUCCACAUACGUGAUGAUAAAACCUCUAUUUCUUCAUGUAAAAAAUGAUUCGUGGUCAAUGAAAGCUUUUUCCUGCCCGCGGGAGAGGUGUGAACUUUCUCAGCAUUGCUUUGUUGACAUGCUGUUGUCAAUGUUAUUUAACUUCUACCAGCACUCUGGACCAUAUUUAUAUAGGAAUUUAAUAUUUCAGAUUUUUAGGGCUGGGCGAUAUAAUCAU